AUGGCAACAGCCGCGUCAAACGGCAGCGAUCCGCUCCUCGAGGUGGCGAGCGAUCCGUCUCGCGGCCGAUAUUACGUCGCACGUCGCGGCAUCGCUGAGGCCGAGGUACUCCUCAGGGUCAGACCGGACGUCUGGGCGCCAGCGUGGCCAGGCGACGGCGAAGCGGCGGCUAGCCUCAGCAAGCGCGAGAGUGCGGUGAUUGUUUGCGACGCCGGCUUUAGCGGCGCCGCGCAGCAGGCGCUUGGCAUCCUAGCUGCCGGCUGGCUGCUCCUCGCCGUGCUUCGCUGCUGCGACGACAACGCCACCCGCCGAGCGGCGGAGCAGCAAGCGCUGCUCCGCCGCGUCGCCGCCAAGCUCUCCUCCGCACUACACGCGGCGGGCGAGACUGCCCGAACCACGGACCAGCUCGCGCGACUGAUCGGUGUCUUGAGAGCGGCGCACGCUGUCGGCGCCGCGAGCGGGUGGUCGCUUCAGCGCUCUGCGCCGUGCGUAGGCGUCGUUGCCGUGCUGCGUGGCGAAGCGCUCUACAUCAGCUAUCCGCGGUAUGAGCGCCGGCGGCUGCUACAGCGGCACAAGAGCUUCACGUGCGACUGCGCGCGCUGCGGCGCGGACCUGUCGCGGAGCGAGGAGUGGGAGAGCAGCCUCCGCUGCUGGUGCGGGCGCGGCUGGAUGCAGCCCGAGAGCGCCGCCGAGUCGCUCUCUCGCGUGCUGGCGUGGGACGCGGACCUGCGCGGCAAGCUGGCGGCGGCGAGCGAGGGCGGUGCUACGGCGGAGGUGGAGGCGGCGCGGCUGCGGCUGGUCCAGCUAGCGUCCUCCGACGCCGACCGCUGCAGGCGCGCGGAGCAGGCGCUGAGCGUGGCGGCGCGCGUGUGCGGCAAGUACGACGAGCAACUGGGAGACCUCUACUGCACGCUCUCGGCCCGGCGGGGCUUGUGA